UACAGUAUCGCGCUCGGAUGUCAGAAGCGCGCUGGCUCGCAAAAUGCAAAGACCACAUACACAAGUAGACUUGAUUAUAGCUUGCUGGCUACUUUGAUAAUAACUAUCUAGUUCACUUCAGCUGCGACCGCGUAGUUCCGAGAUGGCGCAGCAGGACGCUCCGCAGCAACUGGAACAGCCAGACCAACAACAGAUUAAUGAACAACUACAGCAACUGGCGCAGCAGUUGGCGCAGGUGCAGGCGCAGAUUGCUCAGUUCGGGGCGCAGCAGCAGGCGCAGAAUGCGCGAAUCGAGGAGCUGGGCAAGCAACGCGACCUCUUUACCGUCUUGUUCGAACUGGGCCGCGGCGUCAUUGCUGCCGUGGCGGACAGCCUGGCGUCCGAGCCCACCGCUCACAAGAAGACGGCUUAGCCAGGACUGCCUCUCCACCUUGCAGACAGUGGGACUAAGGCUGGAGCGGUCCUGAUGGCGGCUUGGACGGCGUACGCCGGCUUUGCUGAACCGGGCCACAAGGUGUCGGUCGCAGCCGGCGAUACCAUAACGGCCGAGCAGAAAACUAUGUCGCGAGGCCCUCUUCGCGCCCGCGCGCGCCUGUAUCAUUCCUUUCGCCGUCCCUACUCGCGACCCCCUAUAGUAUUUAUUGUCGGCGCCCCAGGCUAGGCCGCCCGAGGACUGCGCGACGCCAUGGCUCCCGAGGACAGCAACCGUCGCGCUGCCGCGCCUCGUGGCGCCCAGGGGCACGCUGGCACCGGCGCCCCCGCAAACGGAGUUUGUGGCGCCAGGCCAUGGCAACCGCCAGCAGAACCAGGUCCACUUGGGCCACCAGCCCCGCCCGCGCGGUCAGGCAGCUGCCACAGGUGCCCCACGCGACACCCCUCCCGGCGGCCCAGCAGUUGCCGCCACCGAAGCAGCAUCCGCAGCAGCCACUGUGCCGGCUUCAGGGGCGCGCCUCAACCGCACUGCCUCCGCCAGCGGCUGGGAUGGUGCCGGAUGAUUGCCGGAUGAUUGCUGGCACUGCGACCGAUACCUUGUGACCCGGUUCAGCAAAGCCGGCGUACACCAUGGCGGCUUGGACGGUGUACGCCCGGCUUUGCUGAACGGGGUCACAAGAUAUCGGUCGCAGUGCCGGCAAUCAUUACGGGGAUCCUGGCUCUGUUGCCCUUUUUAAUCAGGGUGACGAUCUGGCUGCGCACCACGCGCGUGGUGCCGGUCUAAAUCGAUGCGGGGGAGUCGCGGAGCGCUGCCUGCUGCGGGCCCGGGCACCUUGCUGUCAGUCAUAGCAGGCAUGCUUCUGUGUGGCUGGUGAAUUUGUAGUAGAGCGGCGACAAAAUGCACUGUGUUUGAGGUUUUCUCCAUGGUGAUGGCAUCCACGUGGUGCGAUACUUGCAGUACAGAAUGAAACCGACAAGCCGACAAUGCAUCCUUGCUUCUACCGAAAACUAAGAUCAUAUGGUUUGUAUCAAGCAGGUUUGCGUGUCCACUGGUGUCAAGUAUUUGUCGGUACGCAUUGCGGGCACGGUCACUUCACGGGCCGGCUAAUGAACUUGCGAAUUGGGUGUGCUGCUCUCCGGCUUGGCGGGUCUAUCGGCGGGUGGCGAGGCUCGCUAGCCAGCUGGCUGCAGGAGCAGCGGCAACGGUGGUGCUCCAUGGCUUCGUUGUAAGCCCGAUCAAUG